GCUGAACUACGCGAAGUUGAGCGGUAGCUACAUUUUUAAAAUUACAUUGUGUACAGUUUUGAAAAAAGUAAACUAUAAAAGAGGAUAUUAACGCGUUGCCGUUACUAAAGGGAACCAGCCAUUUAAGUAUACAAACUCGGAACUAGCCUAGGUUCAUACUAAGAUACUAAUCAUAGGUAGCUAGCUAGCUAACAACGCUAACGCUGAAACUGCUCUUGAGUUUAAUUAGCUGUUACAUAGCUUCAUUUUUAUUUAGCGGUUAAACUGUCAAGUAAUGCUAUUAAGUAACUCCACGGCAGCAUUUGAUUUGAAAUAAAGGAAGUGGUAAUUUGUAAGUUGCUACGCGGAAAGCGUCUCUGAUAUUCUAAAUAUGAAUAGAUGCUUAAAAUCCUGCUAAUGAAAUGGAUUGUUAGCCAUCGAAACAGAAUUAACUAGCUGCCUCUAAAUAUGUUGACUUGCAAGAUGUAUUUGCCAAGAUGUUAAGGUCGUGUUAUGGCUUUAGCAACUCUGGUUUGUAAAUGGACGCUUGGGAUAAAGUAUUCAGACUGGUGCUUACUUUAGAAUUUUAAAUUGGUCAUAUUUUUCAAUACUGCCUGAAGCGUCAGAUGAGUUAAAAUGUUAACAUUUAGAAUUUAAAAACCUGCUUCACACCCAUCAUGGACAAUCUGGGUUUCUUCACCCCUGCCAAGGAGCAGGAUAUAUGGACUAACGGGAAGGAACAGCCCAGCUCACAACCAAGGAGCCUACACAGUGGUGAGGAGGCAAGACUGUUUUAUGAAAGUCUCACCAAAGGGAAUGAUGGGGCGACGCAAAAUGAAAGCGUGUGUCAGAGAGAGCAAACGACUAGAACGAGCAAAAAAAGAGAAGAGCAAGGCAGAGGUGGAGAUGUACGUCAGGCAGGUAUAACAGGGGAGAGGCGGGGGAGAAAUAGAGGAGGUAGCGUUCCAAGGAGGGAAGCUAGAGGAGAGAGCAAUAGCAGCCACACUUCGUCCUCCGGCGCCAUAGAGCUCCAGGGGCUGAAGCUGCUGCGGUGUGCCCAGGAAGGAGACCUCUCUGGAAUGAAACAGCUGUUCUCAAAGGGAGUGGACAUCAACUUUCAGGAUAGCUUCUUCUGGACAGCAAUAAUGUGUGCAAGCUGGACAGGCCAGAGGGCCGCAGUGAGGCUGCUGCUGCAACAAGGAGCUGCCUGGGUCGGGGUUGUUGACACACAAGGCAGAGAUGCCAGAGAAUUGGCUCUGAUAGCUGGCCACCAGGGGGUGUUGGAGGAGCUAGCUAACUACGGAAGAAAUUCACAGCAAGAAACACAAUUUGACAAUAGUGUGCCCCACCCCAAGUGGUGCGAUGUGUGUGCAAGUCAAUACAGCAACAGUCUGUCAUCCCAUCUCUCCUCCACUUUGCACCAGUUCAGCCUGAGGCAACCAGCACCUACCCCCUACUACUGUAUUCCCUCUUCCAGUGCCAGCUACAAGAUGAUGGUUCGCUGUGGCUGGAACCCAGGGACGGGGCUGGGGCCAAAGGGGGGUGGGACCAUGAAGCCUGUGCCAACUGUGCUGAAGAGAGACCAGAAAGGCCUGGGCUUUGGGCCACAGGAGAGAGCAAGAAUUACCCACUUUCUAGCCAAAGACCCUCAAGCAGUCAAAUCAACACCCAAGGCAGGAGAUGGGAGAUUAGACAGGGGGAAGAGGAAGGAUGAAAGCAGGAGAAAAGAGGCAAAGGAGAAGGCCUGGGAGAGAGAUUUUCGUACUUCAUUUUAUUUUUGACUCCGCU